AUGAAAGCAAACAGUGCUCGUCGUCGUCCAGUCCAACCAGCAGCCGCUCAUCGAGGGACCGAGAAAACCAACUCCAACACUGAAAACCCCGGCACUGAAGCGAGGCCUUCCGCAUCCUCAUCUGUAAUCCCAGGCAAUGUUUGGAAAUGUAUUUGGCACUUGAAGACCCCUCCGAAGGAUGAAUUUGUUGAACAUAUGCUCCUUCUGUGCCCAUGGGUUGAACCGAUUUGGUUUGGGGGCCCGUUGAAUUAUCGGGUGAAUAGAGCAAAUAUAUCGAACUUCCCUGCCUGGGUUCUUUCGUUCAUUGGGUCUGACUUGGGCUCUAAGGAUGAGAUUGCUAGGAUCCUGAUGAAUGUGGCUUUUACUUGCUGGUUUAUUUGGAAAACCCGGUGUAGUUUUGUUUAUGAUAACAGGGGAAUUUAUCCUAAUCAAGUCAUCAUGUCUAUUUCGAAUUCGGUGAAUGGGUUUUUGGAGGCGUCUGUUGCUUCCGAGGGUCACCCUCAGAGGAAUCUGUCUCGCCCUGGUCCUCCUGCAUGCUGGGGUCCCCCGGGCCAUCCUUUCUUGAAGGUGAAUGUGGAUGCGAGUUGGGAGGCCAGUUCCAAAAGCGGUUUUGCUGGCGUGGUGAUCAGGUAUCAUGCGGGGAAGUUUGUGGCUGCUAGACGUGGAAUGGUUGGGGCCACUAAUGUUGCUGCUGCCGAGGCAGCUGCGAUCUUGCUUGGGUGCGAGCUGGCCAAAGCCUUGGCGUUGGAAUGCAUCAUUGUGGAGUCCGAUUCAAAGGAGAAUAUCCUUUGUUUAGCUCAGGGUUGUUCGCGGGGCAGCUGGGAGGCUUUCCCCGUUAUUUCCAAGGCUUUGCGCCUAGGGGGGCUCUUUCAGGACUGUCGCUGGUCUUGGGUUCCAAGGUCUGCCAAUUUGGCGGCGCAUGUGUUGGCGUCGAGAAGUAUUCCGGAGAUGUGCGAUGUGAAUUGGGUUAAUUUCCCUCCAUCUUCGUUGGUCCAUGUGUUGAACAAGGAUGGGUUACCUUGUCCCCAUUAG